AUGAAGGCCGCCGUCAUCCUCUCCCUCGCCGCCCUUGCCUUCGGCUCGGCCAUUGAGAAGCGCGAGUGCUCCGGCAACAACUGCAACCGCCAGGUCACCGGCACCCGCGACGGUCUCCUCCCCAUCACCUCCCGCAAGGCCGACUGCUCUUCCUUCAUGCAGGCCACCGUCACCCCCUCCCCUACCACCGUCACCGUCACCGUCACUGCCCCUGCCCGCCUCCGCCGCAACGGUGAGAUCGUCAACCGCCAGGUUACCGCCUACCCUACCGUCAUUCCCGCCUACGCCUCCUCUUGCGACGACGCUGCCGAGUACUCCUCCGCCUGCUCUUGCUGGGGCAUCACCGCCGUCACCAGCACUGCUCCCCGCCCCACCAUCACCGUCACCACCACCGCCGACUACUGCGAGGACUUGUAA